AUGGGACCGAGUGUGCGGGAUGUCGAGAUCGCGUGGGAUGUCAUGAGGGCGUUUGAUGAGCGCGAUGUCUUUGCGAGGAGGCAAUUGCCCACGUGGCCUGCGUGGCGCAAUCCCGUGCGGUUCGCGGUCCCGCCGGCGGACGAGCUGCAAGGGCAGCUGUCCCCUGCGUAUGCUGCGCUGUUUGGCAAGGUUGUUGAUGCGUUGAGUGCCACGACAUGGUGUACUUGUAUCGAGGCUCCCAACACGUUCGACUACGCCCCCUUCGCCGCCGCCAACCAAAUGCUCUAUGACUCGCCCAUCGUGGCCCAGCGCCUCCUGGCAUUCCAGUCGUACAUCGCCUCGCAUCCAGGCCUGGAGGAUCUGCACCCCGCCAUCCGCACGACUUUCCAACAAGCGCAGGGCCAACGGUUCAGCGCCGUCCGUGCGUAUGAUGACAUUUUCAGGCUCGCUGGGCUCCGGCGCCAAGCCGACAUUCAGUUCCAGAAUCGCGUCGACGUGCUUGUCGUGCCCAGCACGGUCGACCACUUCACCGUGGCGCAGUUGGAGGAGGAACUAUGGUGCGGAACAAGGCCAUGGGUCGGUUCACGAAUUUUGUCAACUUGCUUGAUUUGGUGGCCGUGA